UCAUUUAUCCAAAAAUCUCCCUCAUUCCUGAUUCCUCUUCUUAUUCUUCCACCUACUUUAUUUCUUUCAUGUCAUUCUAUUCCUCCUUCCUCUGAGCCAUUUUCUGGCGACUUCACCAUGCACAUCAACCGUCUUUGUUUCGUGUUACCAGCUGACGCUGACGAAAUCCAGUUCGAAGCCAACACCCCCGCCAAGAAACCGAUCAAGAAACAUUCUGAACGCAGUUGUGGAGGUCAAGUUCUUGGUUUCAUUGGUGAUUCAUUGCGCCGUGUGUAUGAGGCCAACUGGGUGAGUUUUUGUUACUCGGAUGUGCAGAAGAAACAGCAUUCUGGAGUGUUUCACGACCUGGAAGGAGUUCAGAUAUCUGAGAAAGUUGGAGGAGACAAUCCGAGGAUUUUUAGCUAUGCUGAGCUUUAUAUUGGGUCUAAUGGAUUUAAUGAAGAUGAAGUUCUGGGAAGUGGAGGUUUUGGGGUAGUGUAUAGAGCAGUUUUACCUAGCGAUGGAACAGUCGUUGCUGUGAAAUGCUUGGCAGAGAAAGGAGAGCGCUUUGAGAAGACUUUUGCGGCGGAGUUGGUUGCAGUUGCUCAUCUUCGCCACAGGAAUCUUGUCCGGUUAAGAGGUUGGUGUGUACACGAAGACCAGUUGCUUCUUGUUUAUGACUACAUGCCUAACCGCAGUCUUGACAGAGUACUUUUCCGGAGGCCUGAAAAAACGGAGGCAGCGCCUUUGGAUUGGGAGCGUAGAAAGAAAAUUAUUGGCGGGUUAGCAGCUGCAUUACAUUAUCUUCAUGAACAACUUGAGACUCAGAUCAUACACCGCGAUGUGAAGACAAGUAAUGUGAUGCUUGACUCUCAUUAUAAUGCUAGACUUGGCGACUUUGGCUUGGCGCGGUGGCUUGAACACGAACUCGAGUACCAAACUAGGACUCCAUCAAUGAAAAACCACCAGUUCAACUUGGCAGAGACAACUAGGAUUGGUGGCACAAUAGGGUACUUACCUCCUGAGAGUUUCCAGAAAAGAAGUGUCGCUACAGCAAAAUCAGAUGUUUUCAGCUUCGGAAUUGUUGUGUUAGAGGUGGUGUCAGGCAGGCGGGCAGUGGAUCUCACAUAUUCAGAUGAUCAGAUCGUUCUGCUUGAUUGGAUCCGGAGGCUGUCGGAUGAGGGGAAGCUUUUACAAGCUGGUGAUAAUCGGCUUAAAGAUGGAUCUUACAAGCUUUCUGAGAUGGAUGGUCUCAUUCAUCUGGGGCUUCUCUGCACACUCCACAAUCCACAAUUGCGGCCUAACAUGAAAUGGGUUGUGGAAGCACUUUCUGGCAAUAGUAAUAUAGCCAAUUUACCAGCUCUCCCAUCGUUUCAAUCGCACCCUCUUUACAUUUCUUUGUCUUCUCCUACCAACACCACUAUAACCAACACAACAACUACUGCUUCCAUCAAUUCAACUGGCUCCAACACUACAGUUACAUCCACUUCUUCAAACUAUAUAACUGCCCUAGGAGAAACUAUAUAUGCAACUGCUGAAUUUGAAAGCAGUGAUUCCAAGCCAUAUGAUAACAGAAGUCAGCGACGAACUGCUUUUUUCAUGGUUGAAACUCCAAGGGAAAUAUCUUUCAAGGAAAUCAUUUCUGCCACAAAUAACUUCUCGGAUUCACAGAGGGUUGCAGAGUUGGACUUUGGAACUGCCUACCAUGGCAUUCUUGAGAAUCAGCAUCAUGUCCUUGUGAAGAGGCUUGGCAUGAAUAAAUGCCCUGCACUGCGGGCACGAUUCUCGGAUGAACUCCAAAAUUUAGGGAGGCUUCGCCACCGCAAUCUGGUUCAGCUCCGUGGUUGGUGCACUGAGCAAGGGGAGAUGCUUGUUGUAUAUGAUUACUCAGCAAAUCGCCUUCUUAGUCACCUCCUUUUCCAUCAUAAUCAUGUAGUUGGAAAUUCUGUUCUGAGAUGGCAUCAGAGAUACAACAUUGUCAAGUCACUUGCUUCUGCCAUUCUUUAUCUCCAUGAGGAAUGGGAUGAACAAGUUAUUCACAAAAACAUUACCUCUUCUGCUAUUAUUCUUGAUCCAGACAUGAACCCACGGCUCAGUUCCUUCGCCCUGGCUGAAUUCUUGACUCGCAAUGACCAUGGCCAUCACCAAGCUACCAAAGGAAACAAAUCAGUUCGUGGCAUUUUCGGUUACAUUUCCCCAGAGUAUAUAGAAUCCGGUGAAGCAACCACAAUGGCUGAUGUUUAUAGUUUUGGUGUGCUGAUGCUCGAGGUGGUCAGUGGACAGAUGGCAGUUGACUUCCGGCGCCCUGAGGUGCUAGUAGUUAAGAGGGUUCGUGAAUUUGAGGCACAGAAAAGACCAUUGGAAGAGUUAGCUGAUUUAAGGUUGAAUGGAGAGUAUAAUCAUAAAGAACUGAUGAGACUCACAAAAUUAGGAAUUGUGUGCACACUGUCCAAACCAGAAUUAAGACCAAGCAUGAGGCAGAUAGUCAGCAUACUUGAUGGAAACGACAAAUGCUUCAUGGAAGAAGAGAAAAUGAAAGAAAGUAUGGAAGAAUGGAAACAAAGCAAUGCUUCAUCUUUUUCAUUGAUAAAGAGAAUACAAGCUCUGGGAAUACAAUGAAGUUCAUGUAAUGUUAACUGAGAGGCAGAGAUUAUGUUUGCUAGAAUUUUGUUUUUUGAGAACUUUUUUCACUUAUCCUUUUCUUAACUUUUGUAUACUAUCUAAGGUGUAUGAUGUGUAUAAUUAAAAAUGAGUAUGUCUUAGUAUAUAUC